AUGUCCAGACUUGCCACACACAAAGCAUUCUCCUUGAUCUUGCUUGUUCUCAUAGGGCUUUCCUUCAUGUACUUGCUUUUGCAGUAUGGUCACCUUAAUUUAAAUGAACCUUGGGAUCAUAACCACUUGCGUUUGAGCCUGUGCGUUCAAAGCCCUAAAUCAUUGAGAAUUGGAUGGAAAAGAAAAGCUAGUUUUCGCUUUGAUUUGCUAAACGAAUCCGGAAAAGUUCUCUAUGCUGGAACUGAGAGAACAAUCAUAUUUUGCGCUCAGAUCCCAUCAUGGGGUAAUCCGACAUUGCCUCUAAGCAAGCUUAAAGAAGAAGGGUUUUUGGAGAAUAACAAACUGAUCAUUAAAGUCCAUGUAAAAGUCCUUGAAGUUGUUCAUCAAGGAAAAUCAACUGAGAAUGAGAUAUUUGGAAUCGGAGGAUUCGAGGUUCCUUUUACUCAGGUUUGUCAUGUAAGCUGGCUUUUCGCCAAGCACCCGGACAUUGCAGUAGAUUUCAGACCAAAGGUCAUAGGAGUGAAGACAGCAUACAUGAAUCUUCUCAUCGGUCUCAUGCAGACACUGCGCAAGUCGCCCCAGAGCUUCACUGAGGCUGAGCUAAACAACGCUCAGAGCGAGUUGAACGAGCUAACAGAAGUGGGGUUCAAGCUGGAUUGGUUAAAGAUAAAGCUUGAAGAGGUUUCCUUGGAAAGGAAGAAUGCACUUGCCGAUGGUUCUCGGGUCCAAGAAUUGGAGGAACGCAUCAAGAAUCUGGAGCUGACUUUGUCUGAUCUCAAAGUUGAACUGAAAAUUGAGAAGGCUAAAUCUGCUGCUCCCGCUAAACUUCUGUCGUUUUGCGACAUUCUUUGA